AUGGGCAACCGAAUGAUCAAUUUAAUUGGCUGUUUUUUGCUGGGAGCCUUCAUUCUGGCUUGUGGUGUCGCCCAAACCGGUAUACAGCUGAUUCUGUUCCGUACAUUCCAAGGCAUCGCAACCUCCAUGUGCCUGCCGACAGCAUUCAGUAUUUUGACCGACUCGAUGCCAGUGGGUAAACGGCGAAAUAUCGGGUUUGCCUGCCUCGGACUAGGACAGCCGUUUGGCUUCUCGGUAGGACUGGUUUUUGGUGGACUUUUCCAAGGAACUUCUCUCAACUGGAGAUUUGGAUACUACCUCUGCGCCGGUGCCACCAUGGGCUUGGCUGUGGUGAACUUUUUCAAGUUGCCGAAAGAUUCUGAGAGAGAGCCAUUCACAUUUGGGAGACUGCGCCGCGAGAUUGACUGGAUUGGAAUCUUCCUGUCCAGUUCUUCCUUGGGAAUCAUCUCUUAUCCCAUCGAAUAUUCACAAAGCCGAAAACAUUGUCCUCCUCUGUGUGGCAGCAGUUAUGAUCCCCGCAUUUCUAGGCUGGAUGAACUGGCGCGAGAAGAUCGGAAAACCGGCUUUAAUCCCAAAUUCGCUUUGGCAAAAUACCGCAUUCAGCUCUAUCUGCAUCAUGGUUUUGUUCUCGUGGGCUGUUCUGAACGGCAUGGAGACAAUUCUAAGUCUAUUAGUAGCUUCCAAGAAGUUCAAGAUCUGCCUGCCAUUCAAGCCGCCCUCCGAUUCUUUCCCAACAUUAUAAUCGGCAUCAUCCUCAACCUUGGAACUGGUUUACUGGUGCAUCGUCUUCAUGCGAACUACCUAGUGGUAGUCAGCUCAGUUCUCAGUGCAGGAUCCCCACUGCUAAUGGCCAUCAUUGACCCUGAGUGGUCGUGGUGGUAUUGCGCCUUUUGGGCUGUGUUGCUGGGACCUCUUUCGGCAGACGUCAUCUUUACCGUGGCAAAUCUAAUUAUCACGGACGCAUUCACGCCCAAAACCCAGGGCCUGGCUGGAGCAGUCUUCAACGUCGUUGCUCAGUUUGGAACCUCUAUUGGACUCACUAUUUUCGCCAUCAUCUCUGCUGGUGUGACACAGGGUUCUUCAUAUGAAAACAAAAACUCACCCGAAGCGCUCAUGUUGGGAUACCGCGCUGUAUUCUGGACUUGUUUCGGAUUGAUGAUGGCUGCUUGUGGCGUUGGCGCCUGGGGACUACGCAAAGUUGGUAAGGUUGGUUUGAAGAGGGAGUAA